GAUGUAAUAUUUUAUAAUUAAUAAUGAUUGAUAAUACCUUCCAACUCAAAGAAUUACUAGGCAUUGGUGGCUCUUCCAAAGUUUACAACUCUAUUUCCGAUGAAGGACAGGAGUACGCCAUCAAGAUUGUCAGGAAAGAUAAAGGAUAUUCAGAGGAGAUGUCUAAAAAGAUCGUUGAAAAUGAGCACUUUUUGAGUCUCAAACUUGGACAGCAUCCCAAUUUGGUGAACAUUCUGGGAUAUAACACCGAAGGAAGAGCUCAGCUUGCAGAUGGUGUCCAUUCAAUCAACUAUUUGUUAAUGGAAAAAUGUCAAAAUGGUGCUUUGUCUAGUAUAAUAAGACAAACUGGUCCUCUCGAGGAGGAUAUUAGCAAGUUUAUUAUCCUUCAGCUGUGAUCGGCAGUUAAAUUCAUCCAUGAAAAUUUCGUACAUAUGGACAUCAAGUUAGAAAAUAUCUUGCUGGAUGAUUAUUUCAAUGUGAAACUUGCUGAUCUAGGAACUUUUGUAGAUGUCUCUGAUACAAUGGGAUACACCGACAAGAGAAGGGGAACCCUCCACUACAUGGCUCCAGAGGUUCUCAACAUGAAGCAAUCUGAUAGUAUCAACGGCAGACUCUCAGAUAUAUACUCAUUGGGUGUUUGUUUGCAUCUUCUCCUUACAGGAGAGUUUCCAGACAAGAAACAAUUUUCUGAUGAGUUAUCAGUAGAAACCGAGUCUUCCGAGGAGCUCAUUAAUGAGCCCCAGAAACACGAAAAAGGCAUGGUCAAUUUCUUAUCUGAUGAUGCUAGAGAUCUUUUAAGCAAGAUGCUAUCAGAGGACCCCUUCUUUAGAAUUGAUAUGGAUAACAUUCUAAACCAUCCUUGGUUGACAGAUUCUUCAUCUCAAGAUAUUCAAGAAAAAGUGUUUCUUGAAAUGAAGGCCAGAAGCGAUUACAUCAGUUCUAUCAGGGAUGAAUAAUCUCAGCUAGGUUUAUAUACUGUCUAUUAAACUCUUAUCGCUAUUGAUAAAUACUCUAAUUCUUCUAAAUAAUAAUUUAAUA